AUGGACAAAGGUCAAGUUCGUACGUUCGUGCACUACGAGCUGCUGCUGGGCGACGACACGGGCACCGCGGUCGCCAACAUCUGCAGAGCGCGCAAGGAGGAUGCAGUGUCUCAAUGCACAGUCAGGCGCUGGUUCGAUUGAUUCGAGAGCGGCGACACGAGCUUCGAGAACAGGGAGCCCAGCGGGAGGCCUUCUAGAGUGGAUGGUGAAGAAUUCCGUCGCUGUAUCAAGAGGAAGCCACCAUCCGUUACGACGCUCGGCUGCAGCAAGUCCACCAUCCAGAAUCGACUUAACUUACUCGGCUACCACAAAGUUCUGCCAUGUUGGAUCCCGACCGUCUGACGAACGUCAACAAGCAGAGCCGCAUGGCCGUCUGCCAGUCCCUCUUCUUUCAUCCGCACACGAGGAGUUUAUCGAGGACCUGGUCACGGAGGGUGGGAGGUGGGUCCUUUACGACAACGUCGCCCCCCGUGCUGUCUGGAUCCCACGCGAAGAAGAGCCGCCGAAAGCCGACCUGCUCCCGCUGAAGAUGAUGCUCUGCUGCUGGUGGACCGCCAAGAACUGCUGUACUUCGAGCUGCUCCCGCAAGGCAGGAUGGUCACCGCCUCCAACUACACCGAUCAGCUGGAGGAACUAGCCGCCGCCAUCCGAGAAGCGUCCCCGACGUGCCUCUACCUUCUGCACGACAACGCGCCCCCACGUGGAGAAGGAGAUCCAGCAGAAGUGAGCGACGCUCGGCUGGCAGACGGUUGCCCAUCCGCCGUAUUCCCCGGACCUCGCCCCCUUCGACUACAACUUGUUCCGACCGCUCGAGCACCAUUUGGCCGGAAGAAAAUUCACCAACUACGACAGCUUAAAGUCUGA